GAUUUCUGUACUUACCAAUUUUGUUGCAGUUUUUGCUGCUCAGCAAAGCCCAGAGAACCCCAAUUGGUUCCAGGGUGUUUCUUUGCAUGAAGUUAUGCAAAAGUUAUCAGACAUCAAUCCCUCAAGAAAUCAGAAGGCUUCUCUCCUUAAUGUUAUACUUAAACGUUGUCAGUUGCAGAUGCAUGACAUUCAUCUGCUAGUUCAGUUUCCUGUCUCAAAUGAUUCCUUUGGAUGUUUGUGUGAGACUAAGGAGCUUAAUGCAAAAUCUCUGUAUGCUGAGGGUCGGUGUUUUCUGGGAGGGCUUAUCAGUUCACUUUUUGCUCCUUCGAAAGAGAGCUCUUUCAGUCUUGAUCUGAAAGGUUUUCAGAUUGGGCUGAAGAGAAGAGAUCACAUCAGCUGUCCUAUACUUUUAUUGGAUCUGUUCACUCGCCUCAAAUUGAAAGAUCUUCAGCUUAUGGACUUCAAUCUUAAUGUUCCAGAAUUAAGUUUUUCAAUUUCUCCGGUAGAGCUUCCUAUUAUUUUAGUGUUUUAUACACUCUCAUCCUAUGAAUCCAAUUCUGUUAGAAAUGGUAGUCACCUAUGGAACAUAGCUGCAAGCAGAAUCAGUUCUCUGAUUUCUACUCGUAGAUGGUCAUUGUAUAAAUUGGUUGGUAUUGUGUGUUUGUGGUUACAGUAUGUCAAUGCUUAUGAGAAUCUACUUAUAUUAGUUGGAUAUCCUGUGGACGACAUUAUGAAAAGAUCUUCUGUUAAGAUGUCUGAGGAUGACAUAUUUGCAAUAGCUGUUAAAAAACAAUGGAGGAGUGUUUCUGAAAUUGAAAAGAAGCUGCCUGCUGAGGCUAUUGCAUGGGCACGGCGAAUAGCUCGUUACAGAGCAGUAUUAAGUAUUCAACAGACGAAGAAUUGUUCUAAUAAAUUGCUAGUCACCAGUCGCUUCAAAUUCUUCAGUAGGGUCCUUAUACUCCUAAAACUUAUUUGGAGUGUUAUAUGCAGAACAUUCAACUCAUUAAUAAGCUUGCUUCUGCAUAUAUUUUUUGCUGAUCAUCCACAGAUUGAUGAACAGUUUGGAGUUGUUUCUGAAGAUUUUUGUGCACAAAGUUGCUUCAGUGUAAGCAUGGGAAUAAUUUCAAUUUUUAUCUCCCCAGUGAAUAAGGUUCAGUCUCUUGUUGGUGGGGAUCCAAUCUCAGAUGUUGGGAGCUCAUCCUCAGAUUUAUUUUCAUUUUGUGUUUCAAUUGAUGGGUUCGUCUUAAUGUACACAGAAAACAUUUUUGAACAGUGCUUUUCCAUUUCAUGUGGGCCUUUGACGGUUACGUCCUCGUCUCCCACUGACAAUGGUGAGUUGUAAUAUACAUCUUAUGUUUUAUAGCUGUAACACUUCUACCAUUAUUAAUUUAUGCACUUUACCUAAUUUGGCUUCCAUAUUUUGAUACAGGCAUCCAGACCAGUGAAGAUUACAGAUUCUAUGCUAUAUCAACUGGGUUCAGUGAAUUUAGUAUCAAGGACAAGACAUCAAAUUAAAUCAAAACUCAGGGGGUUUGUCUUAAUGUUUUUCCUGUUAUUUUUUGGCGAAUGUUAAAACAUAAUUUGUGGAUAUGUUAUUUUGUAGUUAAAUGGUAA